AUGACGCCUCCCCCCGACACGACGUUGGGUCUACUGGGCACGGGGAAGAUCGGCUCGGCCGUGUUCACAGGCUUCUGCAGCUCCAAUGGCUGGCAGCCCCAGCACGUGUACGUCUCCGCACGCACCAAGGCCAAAGCGGAGGCGCUCGUGGCAAAGUUCCCGGACCGCGUGAGCAUCAGCGCAUCGAAUCAGGAGAUCGUGGACAAGAGCGACGUCGUUUUUAUUGGGCUGUUGCCCAAUAUAGCGCGUCAGGAGCUACCCAAUUUAUCGUUUGUGGGCAAACGAGUCGUGUCCAUGAUGGCUACAAUCCCGUACGAAGAGCUGCUGGAGCUUGUCAAGCUGCCCACCGAAAGCGUCGUGCGAUCGGUCCCGCUCCCUGUCGCUGCCAAACGUGCUGGCCCUAUUUUGGCUUAUCCGGACAAUGCCUUCGCUCGUGACCUGUUUGAUCAGAUUGGCACGCCCGUGAUGGUAGUGGACGAGGCGGAGAUCACCAAGCUCACCGGCAUCACGGCGCUCAUUUCGUCCUUCUAUGCCACGUGCGACACUACGCAGCGGUGGUGUGUUAACAAUGGCGUGGGCAGCCAGGCGUCGCGUGACUUCAUCUCGUCCUUCUUCCAUGCACUGGCUACGGCAGGAGCGGACUCGUCCGAGAACUUUGGUGAGAUGGCCCACGAAGCGGCUACGCCGGGUGGCUUGAACGAGCAGGUGCAUCUCGCGCUGCAGAGCAAUGGCGGCUACGAACUCGUGGCAGACCAGCUGGACGCGAUCUUCAAGCGUCUAUCGGGAACUGACCCGGCCCCCCGCUCGACAAACAGCUAA